GCACAGCAAUAAAAGGCGGCGCGUCCCUCCUCGGUCAUCAGUUUGAGAUCUUCUUCAGCCACAGAAACAUGUCUCUCAAGGUCGUCCUGCUGUCCGCCUUUGUGGCCGCCUCCCUCGCUCGCCCCGACAACACCCCACCCUCUUACGGUCCCCCCGCCCCAUCUUACCACGCCCCCGCCCCCACCUACCACGCCCCCGCCGGCGAGGCGCCGCCCAAGUACGACUUCAACUACGCCGUCAAGGACGAAUACUCGAGUAACGACUUCGGUGCCCAGGAGGCCCGCGACGGCUACGACACCCAGGGCUCCUACUACGUCCUCCUCCCCGACGGCCGCCUCCAGCGCGUCUCCUACACCGUCAACGGCGACUCCGGCUUCGUGGCCGAGGUCACAUAUGAGGGUGAGGCCCAGUACCCCCAGCAGAGCUACGGCGCCCCAGCCCCCUCCUACGGCAAACCCGCUCCCUCCUACCAGUAAUGUUCGAGCAAAGCUACGGUCCCUCCCUGACCCCAUCCUGUUGAGCCUAGACUGCUUUCUAGGGCAUCCAUGUCCCUCCUAAGCCACCCCACCCCUCUUAUAGGGCGGCUCCUAUCUUCCAGCCACCUGGCGACCCUAUGGUUUCAUUUGUGACGGCUAUUUAUUAAAUGAAAUAUGAUCUCUGUUUAGUCUUUCUUUACUCUCCAUGUUAUUAAGGAACACACGAAACACGUUGAGGCCGAAGUCAAACCACAUCCAGUGAGGCUUAAGGACGUGUCCGGCAUGUGGAUCCAGCAGGAAUGUUGGUGGCCCGGGUGUUGUGGACCUGCGGCGGGACAUUGGCAGUAGAGUCGCACGAACACUAUAAUAUUUACUUUUUGUAUCACUGCAGUAUGAUCCACUCAGCUGAUAGACAAUACGUUUAACGAAUAGUAAAUGUCCUUCUAUUUCAUUAUGUUUCAUAAGACCAAUUAACCAAUGAAAAUGCU